GCGGAGACCCAGGGACAAUGCCAGUACGGGAAGUGACUAGCCAGCGGUAACACCCUCCCCUGUGGUCCUCCCUCACCCUCAACACCAGUUACCUCCUCUCCUGUCCCUUUUAGCGCCAAUACUAGUACCCACGUCACGUUGCCAGGGAGUUUCACCUCCGUCUUGGCCCGACAUACCGCCGAGUGACAGACAUCAGUUUUUAACACAGUAAGCUCAGUGAUCCGCCGUAGUCACUACUGUCCUUCGCGUCAAAAUCGAAGAGAAAAGUUCGUUUUUCACUUUCUUCCGGCUGCCACCACUAGCUGUAACGCCACCACUGCCAACACUCAGCGCCACCAUGGCACUAAGAGGCCUCCACACACUCGUGGUGUUGGCGGCUGUCAGUAGGUUUGCUGUGACAGUACCAGUGUCAGUUCAUCACGGCUCAAUCGCCUACGAUGAAUUGCCUUCGUUCCUGGAAGCGGAUAUUUUACCAGAUAAAAUUCUACCUAAGAUGGUGAUGAAGGAUAACUACAAACUGUGGCCUGGCGGUACCCUCAUCUUCAAGCUGGACUACGACGUCAACGCCAAUACAUACGUGACGGACAUCAUCCAGGCCGCCAUAGACAAGAUCAACGAGGUGAACUGUGUCAAGAUUGUGGAGGCAGGGAGCCAGGCCAAGGACUACGUUUCUAUCCGUUUGGGGCAGUUCUACUCUUCCCACGUAGGCAAGCAGGGAGGCGUCCAGAACCUUACUGUCGUCAAGGAUGAGAUUGACAUUGGUUCAACUAUGCACGAAUUGAUGCACGCCUUCGGGUUCGGUCACGAGCACAAUAGACCUGACAGAGAUGAUUAUGUCACCAUUAACUUCACCAACGUUGAGGAGGAAGCUCAGCAUUACUUCACCAAGUACACAGUUGGGACAGAGGUUUAAAUUGACGGAACUGGACAAGAAGCGACUUGCCGUGACCUACAGCUGCCACAUCUGCGACUCCUCUGAGCAUGACAACCUCAUGUUCCGCUACCCCGGGGACUGUACCAAGUUCUACAAGUGCUCCAACACCAUCCCUUACGUCAUGAGUUGUCCAGCCGGGUUACACUUCAGCACCAACCAUAAUUACUGUGACUAUCCUCCGCUGGCCAACUGUACCUCUAUGUCACUCUAAGUUGACUGCAUCUCCGUCGGUUCACAUGAUCACACUGGAAAGGAUUAACAGGACCACUCGGAGUUGACUUUUCCAGUGAACUAACUGGACAGGAUUCACUGUAAUGUCCUUCACCGUCAUCUCAAGAAAAUUGGUCUUAAUAAACUUCACCAUCACAUCAAUAAAUACUCCCUCGUCUACCACCCUAAACUAACUGCUUUUGAUAGACUGUUCCGCCAUCACGUAGCCUCCACACUGCCUCAAAAUGCCAGAUGCUCAUUGUGCUCCUGGCGACUCGCCUCAGAUAGUCACCUGAGUUGAGACACACUGACAUAAACUGACAGAACAGAUAUCAAUGUAAUCGAGUCCAGUUAUUGCUGCCUUCACCCUUGGAUAAUUGGGACACUACUGUAGUCUUAAAUUUUAUUAAUUGGAACACUACUACAAGAAAACUCUGGCUAACCAAAACACUAUUCUAGUUCUUGGGGAAAACGUUGGCGAAAUGAAGCAAUAAUCUACUUCUUGGGGAAAACCUUGACAACCUGAAGCACCAAUGUACCGCCCCAUAACCAACACAAAUGAGACGUGGUUACACUUCCUCGUUUACAAUCACAAUAACAUAAGGAAUUAGAUUCUUCCUCUAUAUCUCGAUAACUUACUUUAUACACAUAUUAAAUUAUUAUUAUCAA